AAAAAAACACAUUUUGUUGUUUACCUACAAAAAUGCAUUUAUAAAUUAUUUUCAAAAAGAAAAAUUUAUAAAUUCAAAUAAGAAAAAUUUUAUGGCAAAUCAAGUUGAAAUUCAGUAGAGAAAAUGCAGGUUUCCGAGCCCAACGAUGUGAAAAUUUACAAUUUGAGUGCUGGGAAGUCUUUGCCAGAGUGGCUCUCAGAACGCAAACGCCGCGCUCUACUGAAAAAAAAUGUCGACAUCAAACGCCGAAUCGAGCUCAUCCAAGACUUUGACAUGCCUGGCCUUAGCACCACAAUCAAAGUCUCAAAAGAUGGAAACUACGUUUUGGCAACAGGAAUUUACAAACCUAGAAUCAAAUGCUUUGACGUCAACAAUUUAUCUUUAAAAUUCGAAAGAUGUUUCGACUCAGAAGCUGUCACUUUUGAAAUACUUAGCGACGAUUAUAGCAAAUUGGUUUUUUUACAAUGCGACAGAUAUGUAGAGUUUCACGCGGCCUACGGCCGCUACUACAGACUCAGAAUCCCAAAAUUCGGCCGAGACAUGCAAUAUCACCCUUCCAGCUGUGAUUUAUUUGUAGUAGGUGCUUCUCCCGAUAUUUACAGGCUGAAUUUAGAAAGAGGCCAAUUUAUGACUCCUUAUAGCUCAGCAGCAUCAGAAAUUAAUAAAUGCUCAGUGAAUCCUGUGCAUAAUUUAUUCGUUUGCGGGACUCAGGAGGGUAGAGUUGAGGCUUGGGAUCCUAGGGUUAAAGAGAGGGUUGGAAUUUUGGAUUGUGCCUUUACUUGCGUUAAUGAGAAUAAAGAAUUACAAGGAUUUCCAUCUGUGACAGCCUUAAAAUUCAAUGACGCAAUUCAACUGGGGGUCGGGACAGCUACAGGCCAAGUUUUGCUAUAUGACAUCAGAUCGGAUAAGCCUUUUAUAGUCAAAGACCACAUGUAUGGGCUUCCAAUUAAAAACGUAGAAUUCCAUUACCAACAAGACUUAAUUUACUCUUUGGACAGUUCAGUGUUGAAGAUUUGGGACAAAAACAACGGCAAACUUUGUACGUCUAUUGAAGCCUCAACUGAAUUUAAUAAUUUGUGUUUGGUUCCUAAAACAGGCCUGUUUUUCUUGGCCAAUGAAAAUACAAAAAUCCAAACCUAUUUUAUUCCAAGCUUAGGGCCUGCACCCAAGUGGGCCAGCUUUUUAGACUCCCUAACCGAAGAAUUAGAAGAAUCAAAUGCUGAAACAGUCUAUGACGAUUACAAGUUUGUUACAAAACAAGAACUUGAAAAUUUGGGUUUGGAUCAUCUAAUUGGUUCAAAACUAUUACGAGCUUACAUGCAUGGUUACUUUUUGGAUGUCCGCCUAUACAAAAAAGCCAAAACUGUUGCAAAUCCGUUUGAAUUUGAAGAAUACAAGAAAAAGAAGAUUCGUGAAACUAUUGAAAAAGACCGCGAGGCUCGUUUGCAACUCAACAAAUUACCAAAAGUCAAUAAGGAUUUGGCCUUGAAACUAAUGGACCUUAAACAAAAAAAGAAACCUGAAACCAACUUAUUACAAGAUACAAGAUUCAGUGCCUUAUUUGAAAAUCCUGACUUUGAAGUAGACAAAAAUGCUGAAGAAUAUCGUCUAUUAAACCCUGUUUUGUCUCGUUUGGAUAAAACUCAAAAAAAAGAAUUAAAACAGAAAUUCCUAACUCAAGAAUUUGAACCAAUGGAAGAGGAAUUAGAAGGCAAAAACAGUUCAGAAGAAGAAGAAGAAAGUUCCGAUGAUGAACAUACGUGGACACAAGAAGUCAAAAAACAACACAAAAUUAUUCAAAGAGAACAUAAGCAAAGAGAAUAUGAAGAGGCCAAAAAGCAACCUGCAAUGUACGAAUUGAAACAAGGAGAGGACUUCAAAGGUUUGCAAGGUGUUAGACAAAGGGCCAACAAAGCUUCAUUAGGUGACAGGGUUCAAUCUGAAGAUGUUACAGUUAAAUAUUUGUCGGUUGGUAAUAGGGAAAUGACGUUUUCGACGCGAAAAAGGCGCGACAAUCGGUUGGAGGACAAAAAUAAAAGACACAGGGAAGAAAGGAAGAAGCUUAUGAGGCCUACUUUUGGUAUAAAAAGUAAGGGUUUCAAAAAGAGAUAAAUAAUAAUCAAUAAAAAUAUGUAUAUGCAAG